AUGGCUGGAUCAAGUGGUGGUGAGUUGAGAGCACCAAUCUUCAAUGGUGAGAACUACGAUUUCUGGAGCAUUAGGAUGAAGACCAUCUUCAAAUCUCAUGGACUGUGGGAUUUUGUGAUCAAAGGAUUUGAUGGUAUGGAUCUGAAGAAGUCAGAUGAAUCUGAUGAUCAAAAAGAGGAGACAGAAGGAUCAAGUGGGAAAGGCAUACUUGCUGAGGUACUCAUGAAGGAUGCCAAGGCCCUUGGAUUGAUUCAAGGAGCAGUUUCAGAGGAGAUAUUCCCACGAAUAUCUCAUGAAGAGACAUCAAAAGGUGCCUGGAGUAUUCUGCAACAAAAAUUCCAUGGAGAUAAGCAGAAACUAGGUAUGGACAAGAGUUGGAUCGAUUUAACUGAUAGGUCAUCGAAUCAAUAUCUCAAUGGGCUUGAAAGUUUUUUGGAUUUUGCAUUUGACAACAGCCUAGGUGAUACAAGGAUUUAUUGUCCCUGCAAAAAAUGUUACAAUCGUUACUUUGUUACAAGGGAGGUAGCAAGAGCACAUAUAAUAGUUGAUGGGUUUUGGUCAAAGUACAAAAAUUGGACUCAUGGUCAGAGACACCAAUCAUUAUAUGUUGACAAAUAUAUGGGGAAUAGUUCUGCUUCAGUUGUGGAUGAUGAUAUAAUUGGAAUGGUACAUGAGGCAUUUGAGCAUCCAAAUUUGGAUUCUAGUAUGAGGAAUGAUGGCUCAACUGAAAAUGAAUAUGGUGAGGGGCCAAAUGAUGAGACUACAAAUUAUUUCAAAUUGCUACAAGAUGCAGAAUGUCCUUUGUAUCCGGGGUGUAAAAAUUUCACUAAAUUAUCAUUUAUUGUUCGGUUGCUACAUACAAAAGUACUUUGUGGAUGGACUGACAAGUCAGUGACAAUUUUGUUAACUCUUCUGAAAGAAGCUUUCCCCAAUGAAGUACAACUACCAGAUUCAUAUAACGAGGCUCGAAAGAUAAUGGAUGACCUGGCUUUCACAUACAAUACAUGGGAUGCAUGUCCCAAUAAUUGUAUGUUAUUUAGAAAUGAGGAUGAGAAACUUGAAUCAUGUGCUAUUUGUCACGAAUCCAGAUAUAAAAAAGUUGAUGGGCAGCCUACAAAUGUUGUGAAUGGGAAUAGAAAAAUACCUGCAAAACAAGUAAGAUACUUUCCAUUGAAGCCAAGAUUGCAAAGACUUUUUAUGUCAUCAAAAACUGCUUCGCAUAUGAGAUGGCAUGCAGAAGAGCGUACUGAUGAUGGUGUGCUAAGACACCCUGCUGACUCACCUGCAUGGAAAGAAUUUGAUGCAAAGAAUCCAGAUUUUUCUAGUGAAGUUCGUAAUGUUAGGCUUGGUUUAUCAUCAGAUGGUUUCAGUCCAUUUAGAACAAUGGGCAUACCUCAUAGUACAUGGCCUAUUAUUCUCAUGCCUUAUAAUUUGCCACCAUGGAUGAGCAUGAAGCAACCUUUCUAUAUUUUGUCUGUGCUUAUAGAUGGCCCGAAUGCACCUGGUAAUAAGAUUGAUGUAUAUAUGCAACCAAUGAUUGAUGAGUUGAAGGAAUUAUGGCAUGAAGGUGUAAAUACUUAUGAUGCUUCCAAGAAUCAGAUGUUUAAACUACGUGCUGCAUUACUCUGGACAAUCAGUGACUUUCCAGCAUAUGCGAAUUUGUCAGGUUGGAGCACUAAAGGUUUCGAAAAGAUAAGAGUGUCCUUUGAUGGCACACGAGAAUGGGGACAUGCACCAUUGAAACUUUCUGGGUCUGAUGUUAAAAGGCAAUUGCAAGGAGUACUGACUGAGUAUAAGAAAGAAGACAUCAGAAAAAGGAAAAGACAUGAAGUUGAGAAGAAUAAUAAUGAAUCCUACUGGAAGAAAAGAAGUGUUUUUUUCGAGUUACCGUAUUGGGACCAUAAUUUGAUUCGUCAUAAUCUCGAUGUCAUGCACAUUGAGAAGAAUUGUUCUGAAAAUAUACUAUGGACAGUGUUGGGUGUUGCUAAAAAAACCAAGGAUAACUUACAAGCUAGACGUGAUUUACAAGAAUGGGGAAUAAGGCAACCAUUACACCCACAAGAACGUGGUUCUAAUAAGGCAUACUUACCUCCUGCAUGUUUUACUAUGAAUAGGGAAAAUAAAGAUGUGUUCCUAAAAGUAUUGAAGGAAGUAAAGGUACCAGAUGGUUAUUCUUCCAAUAUUUCUCGACGUGUACAGCUAAAGGAACGUACUAUUUUCGGUCUUAAGAGCCACGAUCAUCAUAUACUAAUGCAGCAAUUACUUCCUAUAGCAGCACGUAGAGCUUUGCCAAAGCAUGUUGUUGAAGCAUUAAUCGAGUUCACCAAUUUCUUUAGGCAACUUUGCUCAAAAGUGAACUCACCAUCUGAUUUGGAAAAAAUUCAAGAUCGAAUUGUGCAUACACUUUGCCGAAUGGAGAAGAUCUUUCCAAUGUCCUUCUUCGGUGUAAUGGAGCAUUUGCCUGUUCAUCUUGCCGAGGAAGCAUUGAUUGCUGGAGCCGUCCAAUUUCGAUGGAUGUAUCCUAUUGAGAGGUAUCUAUUAACACUUAAACGUUAUGUGCGUAAUCGUGCGCAUCCUGAGGCCUCAAUUGCUAAAGGGUACUUGAUGGAAGAAUGCAUGAAUUUUUGCGCACUGUACUUAAAUGAAGUGGAAACGAAACUUCAUAGACCAGCUCGUAAUGAUGAUGGUGGUAGUGACCAGGGGCGGAUCCACAGAGGAGCAAGGGUGGUCAAUUGA